AAAUGCCCAUGGCGGUGGGGCUGGGCUGGACUGAAGCUGGGAACGAGGAGGAACGUGAUUUAGGUCUCCCAGUGGGUGGCAGGAACCCAAUUACUUGAGCCGUCUCUGCUGCCUCCUCGAGUUUUCAUUUGAAGGAAGCUGAAGCUGGAAACCAGAGCUGGAAGUUGAACACAGGUGCUCUGAAUGGGGGAUGAGAGCAUCCUAACCAGUAGACCAAACGCCUACCCUCACGGUGGUCUUUUAAGAACACGCUCAUGUCCCAGCCCUGCCUGAAACCCUCCACGAACUCAUUAUCCCCAACCAGAUCUCAGCAGCCCUCAGUGGGACGCCUGACCACCUGGCCACACCGAUCUGCAGUCCCUCUGCUCCUCACUCCCUAGCUUCCCGGCCUUUCUGUUCCUUGAAGUCACCAGUACCUUCCUGUCUCAGAGCAAGCACUUUGUGUCCUCUGUGGAGGGUAAAUCUCUCCCCUGUGAACUGGCAGGCUGACCCCCUUGAGGUUUUCAGCUUCACUGUCACUUCCUCAGUAUGUCCGCCCUGGCCCUCCACAUUAGGUUAGAUUUUCCUACAUAAUAUAUCGCACUUUGUCUGCGUAUCUCUAUUUUAAGGUGUUGUUAGUACCAUUAUCAGUCUUCCUCUUGAGUCUGUAAGUUUCCCAAAGCAGAUGAAGGCAUCACUUAGCCAGUUCUCUGCCAGUGGUAAAUAUUCAGUAAGUGGCUAUUGAAUGGUUGAAUGGAAUCCAGCUUCAAGGGGAAUGAGAUGGAUUUAUUUUGUAUGCUGUUAAAGAGAAGUAAAGGAAACAGGUAAGGAAUGACAUCUUUCUAUGUAGUCAGAGAUGAAGAAUCAGAACACGUGGGAGAAGUUGGGGUUAGAAGAGUAAGCUUGGAGCCAUCGGAUCUGGCUCAUCUUAUGCUGUUUGUCAUGAAAGGAGGCAGUGGACUGGGGAGACCAGCGGAUCCACUCUGAAUCCUGGGUAUGCCAUUUACUCUCAGUGACACCCUCUGGCCAUUUGGUAAGACUCUCUGAGUUUCAGUUUCUUCAGUCUACACUGCAGAAGAUAGCCACUGUGCAAGGCCCUUUGCGUGUAAGCAUCCAGGCGAGUGUUGUGCCUUCUCCUGUCAGUUUGGUUUAUAAGACAUGAAGAUAUUAAAAGGAUGAAAUUGUUUCUGUCAUAAAAUCAGAGACAAUAGGAAGCAUUAUUCUCUUUGUCAUUUCUGUGUCAUGCUUGAAUGCACAUUUGCACAGUGAAAAUCAAUAUUUGCUUCUAGGCUUAGGAAUACAAGGGCUUUGGGAACUUUUUAAAGUUUGUUUUUAAGGUUUUUUUUAAACAAAUACUUUUGUGGUGUGGAGGGAAGGAAAAACAAUAAUCUUUUUUUUCCUCUGCUCAUCUUAGUUUUACUGGCUAGAGCCUUAUAAAUUAGACUACCAGAAAGAUUAACAGAGAGAAAGCAUAGACAUUUUAUCUGGUAAUUAAAAAAAAAGAUCUAUUUAUUUAUUUGAAAGGCAGAGUUAGAGAGAGAAAGAGAGAGAGAAAGAGAGAGAGAGAGAGAUUCCAUUCACCGGUUCUCUCCCCCAAAUGGCCACAACAGCCAGGGCUGGGUAAGGCUGAAGCCAAGAGCCAGGGCUUCUUCCUUAGCUCCCAUGUGGGUGCAGGGCCCCAAAGACUUGGGUCAUCAUCUGCUGCUUUCCCAGCCAUAUUAGCAGGGAUUAGAAGUGGAGCAGCUGGGACUCCAACUGGUGCUCACUUGGGAUGCUGGUGGUGUUGCAGGUGGAGGCUUAACCUGUUAAACCAUACGUCAGCCCCUAUCUAGUAAUUAUUAACAUGUGCAUGGGAGUCUUCAUGAGGCAAAUCAAGACUUUGCCAAACAGCAGUUAGAGCUGAAAGCUUACACCAGGUUGGACAAAGAUUAGAAAAUUGAUAAACUAUGAAACCAGGAAAAUAAAAAGAGUCUGGGGAUAGGGCAGUCAGUUGUAGAAGAGCAGCUGGAAGGUAAGGGUUAGUGUAGCAGGGCUGGCAUGUGCAGAUCUCUCCCAGCCUUUACUCCCUGUCUCUGGUGGUGAGAAUGCCUGCUUCCUGUUGGCACUGGAGGGCACCUUUCUGAUGGGUGCUGUCCUUCCAGGAAGAGGAAGGAAGGUCUGGGUACCCGUCUUGCAUCUGCUGGCUUUCUGGUGUCUUUUACUCAAAACACUUGAGAGCCCAAAUGGCAUGGUUAGGGGUGUCAUACAGUCUGUCGCCCUACUGGUGAUGCAGUGUGUGUUAAGCAUGGUCUUAAUGCCCUUGAUGGCUAUACUAGCUAUACUAACGUGCUGUGUUAGUAUUAACUUGAAUCCUCUAACUGUAGGUGGUAGAUACACUUAUUCCCAUUUUGACAGAUGAGGAAGCUGAAGAGAACAGAGGCUGAGAACCUGGCUUAAAGGCACGAUAUAUGUGUGGCACAGGUCUAGGCAGUCUAAUUCCAGAAUGUACCGUGCCGCCUUCAAUAAUUUUGUGAUAGCUUUUUGUCUGGUUCCCAUUGUGUAGUUACAUAAGGAUCAGAUGACGUAUGUUAAUCUUUAUAUUCAUCAGAAUGUGAGUUAGCCAUCAAGAAAGUCUAACUGGUAAAAGCGUAUCUUUGUAUUACUACUAUCAUGCUUCGGAGGAAGAGAAAUUUUUGGCCAAUGCUUCUCCCUGCUAUUGUGUGUUAAAAGCCAGGAGUUGGCAGAGAUCAACUCUUCCUAACCUAAAAAGGAAGUGCUAGUGUAGUUGCCUGCUGAUUCAGUGUUGGUUUCAUACCAUCAGACAGAACUACAAUAACAGCCUCAAAGUGCAAAAAUAGUGCAGUCACAUGAGCCGUCAACGGUCAUCUUUAAAAACAGAAUUGUAAAACUCAUGAAGUAGAGGUUAGUCUCAUUUUCUGGCUGAAAAGAGGAGAUAUUGGUAGAGACGGGUGAUUUCUGUUGUGCCUCCUGUAAUUUUAGAGAACUGGCAUUUGUCAUAAUCUAAGGAAGGAGCUCAUUUGUGCUAUUUUAUUUUAUAAGACAUGAUCAAAUUUGACAGCAAUUCUCAGAAGAUCUUUCUUGGAGUCUAGAAGGAGUAUAUGGCUGAUUUUGGAACAUAAACCAUGCAGUGUGACCUGCUUUCUUCAUGACCAGGAAUUAAAUGUUCAUAGAUUAUGACAGUUUCAACCAUGGUAUUCAUGAAACAUGCAACAGUGAAAUAGAAAACUACCUUGUGCUGGUGGUUCCUAAAAAAUACAGAAAAGGAUUUAUUGAUAUUUCCAAAAUCAAAUGUGUGGAAAUAGUGAAGAAUGAUGACGCUGUCAUUCCCUGUCAAAAUAAGUAUCCAUUUCAGGUUGUCCACGAUGCAAAUACACUUUACAUUUUUGCACCUAGUGCCCAUAGCAGGGACCAGUGGGUGAAGAAAUUAAAAGAAGAAAUAAAGAACAACAAUAAUAUUAUGAUUAAAUAUCAUCCUAAAUUCUGGGCAGACGGAAGCUAUCAGUGUUGCAGACAAACUGAAAAACUAGCUCCUGGAUGUGAAAAAUACAACCUUUUUGAAAGUAGUAUAAGAAAAGCACUACCUCCAGCACCAGAAACAAAGAAGCGGAGGCCUCCCCCACCAGUUCCGCCUGAAGAAGAAGAUAACGGAGAGGAAAUCGUUGUGGCGAUGUAUGAUUUCUAUGCGACGGAAGCACAUGAUCUGCGCCUAGAGAGAGGCCAGGAGUACAUCAUCCUAGAGAAGAACGAUGUUCAUUGGUGGAGAGCGAGAGAUAAAUACGGGAGUGAAGGAUAUAUCCCAAGUAAUUAUGUAACAGGAAAGAAAUCAAACAAUUUAGAUCAAUAUGAAUGGUACUGCAGAAAUAUGAACAGGAGCAAGGCAGAGCAACUCCUCAGAAGUGAAGAUAAAGAAGGUGGUUUUAUGGUAAGGGACUCCAGUCAACCAGGCUUAUACACAGUGUCCCUUUAUACGAAGUUUGGCGGAGAAAGUUCAUCAGGUUUCAGGCAUUAUCAUAUAAAGGAAACAACAACGUCUCCAAAGAAGUAUUACCUAGCAGAAAAGCAUGCUUUUGCUUCAAUUCCUGAGAUUAUUGAAUAUCAUAAGCACAAUGCAGCAGGACUCGUCACCAGGCUGCGAUACCCAGUUAGUACCAAGGGGAAGAAUGCACCAACCACUGCAGGAUUCAGCUACGAGAAGUGGGAGAUUAACCCUUCAGAGCUGACCUUCAUGCGGGAGCUGGGCAGCGGGCUCUUCGGAGUGGUGAGGCUUGGCAAGUGGCGAGCCCAGUACAAAGUAGCCAUCAAAGCUAUUAGGGAGGGCGCCAUGUGUGAGGAGGACUUCAUAGAAGAAGCUAAAGUGAUGAUGAAACUGACACACCCGAAGUUAGUCCAGCUUUACGGCGUUUGCACCCAGCAGAAACCCAUCUACAUCGUCACCGAGUUCAUGGAGCGCGGCUGCCUUCUGAAUUUCCUCCGGCAGAGACAAGGUCACUUCAGCAGAGAUGCGCUGCUGAGCAUGUGUCAGGACGUGUGUGAAGGCAUGGAGUACCUGGAGAGAAACAGCUUCAUCCACCGAGACCUGGCUGCCAGGAAUUGUCUAGUGAAUGAUGCGGGAGUUGUGAAAGUAUCGGAUUUUGGAAUGGCCAGGUAUGUUCUGGACGAUCAGUACACAAGUUCUUCCGGUGCCAAGUUUCCUGUGAAGUGGUGUCCACCUGAAGUGUUUAAUUAUAGCCGCUUCAGCAGCAAAUCGGACGUUUGGUCCUUUGGUGUGUUAAUGUGGGAAGUGUUCACCGAAGGCAGGAUGCCCUUUGAAAAAAACACCAAUUAUGAAGUGGUAACCAUGGUUACCCGCGGCCACCGACUCUUCCGGCCAAAGCUGGCAUCCAAAUACAUCUAUGACAUGAUGCUAAGAUGUUGGCAGGAGAAACCAGAAGGAAGGCCUUCCUUUGAAGAGCUGCUGCGUGCCAUAGACGAACUAGUUGAAUGUGAAGAAAGCUUUGGAAGAUAGUGGCACUGGGACCUGCGGCGCCCAGACUCCAAAGCACGAGGAGGAAGCGUCCCUGUGUGGCCAGCCUUCCUUAGCACCUGGCGUGCCGACUGUCUGACUUAGAAGUGGAAACACCUAAAGAGUGUGCUUCAAGACCAACCCUAACUCUGAGAUGGGAUCUUCCGGAUUGCAGAAACGCUGUGUAGAGCGAGAUGAGCAGCAGUCACUUCUCUUCACUGCUCGGGCGCUUGAGUGCUGACUGUAGGCUGGCACCGUGCCCAGGCCACAGCUUUGCCUCUUGGAGGCGUGCACGUGGGACCGUGCUAGCUGGUGCCACACGAGGCCAGAGUGUGUGGGAAGGGGAAGGUAUUAGACCCAUAUUCCCGCAACUCCUUUCUCCCUUCGACUUUCCAGAAAGCUGGGCCCGUGGCGUAGUCUAGAACUGGGUUCUAGGUAAAUGAGGAGCCUGCCUUGGAUAGGUGCCAUCUUUUAUUUUGAAAACAUCUGUUUUCAAGACUGCUAUUAAAAAUAUUUCUAUGCUGUAUAUAUUGUAAAUAUAUAUAAUAUAUAAAGUUAUAUAUUUAUAAGAAA